CGAUGUAUGAAUCGGAAUACCGUUAUGCUAAUCGCGCGUGACGUCACACACCCCCAUCCCGUGACGUCACGCCUUGCCACGCACGCCGCCCCGGCUGAGGAUCGGCCGAGCUCGCCCCCCCUCGCUUCUCACGCCGCGAGCUUGCGAUGGACUCGGCUCGCUCGCCGCCGCCGCCGCUGCCCCUGCUGCUACUGCUGCCCCUGCUGCUGCCCCUGCUGCUGCUGCCGGAGCCGCGAUCGGCGGCAGCCGCCAAGAUCCCCGAGGCGGAGGUGAAGGUGGAGGUGACGCACCGGCCAUUCCUGUGCCAUCGCAAGAGCAAGCGAGGCGACCUCGUGGCGCUGUCCUACCGCGGGUUCCUCGAGAACGGCACCCGCUUCCACUCCACCGACGAGCACAACAAUGGUCACCCCGUGUGGGUGACGCUGGGGGUGGGCGAGGUGAUCCGGGGCUGGGACCGCGGCCUCGUGGGCAUGUGUGUGGGCGAGAAGCGGCGCCUCAACGUGCCGCCCGCCCUCGCCUACGGCAAGGAGGGCAAGGGGCGAAUCCCGCCGGACGCGACGCUCGUCUUCGACAUGGAGCUGCACGAGAUCCGGAACGGCCCCCGCUCGCACGAGUCCUUCCAGGAGAUGGACCUCGACGACGACUGGAAGCUGUCGCGCAUCGAGGUGGAGGAGUACCUCCGCAAGGAGUUCUCCAAGUCCGGGGUGAACCACAACGAGUCGUACCAGGGCCUCGUGGAAGACAUCUUCACCAAGGAGGACGAGGAUGAGGACGGCUUCAUAUCGGCACGCGAGUUCACCUACCGGCACGACGAGCUGUGACGCGCGAGAGCGGCGGGGGAGCGAGCGGGCGGGCGAGUGGGUGGGCGAGCGGGUGAAGUGGGCAAGUGUGUGCGUAAGUGGUUGGGUGAGUUGGCAUCGUAAGGUGGCGCAUCGGCCAGUCACCUAAGGCGGUCGACCUAUGGUCCCUGGGUCUGUACCGUGACCUCCUGCAAGCGGGCGUUCGAGACUUGAACCGGCCCUAAAGUGCACCUGGCCUGGCGCAAGCGCGUGGUGACGUCACAGACACUUAGUGGCGAAUGGUGGUUGUUGUUGUUCUUGGGCGAGUUGAACGAGUGGACGAGUGAGUGGAGUGAGUGGGCGAAUGAGUUGAGUGGGUGAGCUGGUGGAGUGGGUGAGUGUGUAGGUAAAAUGGUUUGGUGAGUUUAAUCAGUGAAUGAGCAGAUGAUUGAGUGGAAUGAGUGAAUGUGCGAGCGGGUGGGUGAGUUAGUGAGUGGAGUGAGUGGCCGAGUGGGUCUGUAACUGAGUGAGAAAGUGAUUGAGUGAGUGGAUGGGUGAGCAACUCGGUGAGUGAUUAAGUGGGCGAGUGAUUUGGCCAAGGCCUGUGGGCGCUAAGGGCAAUACAUCUCCUUUCUGUGAUACAGAAUACUACUCAAAAUCUGAAAUUGGCCCACUGCCCGAAACAGUGGCCAGCUGCUGAGAAGUACGGUUAAAUAUCCCUCACGGCCCGCGUGGGGAGUGGUGGUGCAGCGCUACGAACCCAGCGACCGGGGUUGGAUUCCCACUCGCGGCCAACACCGGUGACUAUUAUCUGAAUCGGUCCUUGACCUCCCCUAGGUCUACUCAGCCUGA